AUGUUGCAUUUACAGAUAGAAGCGUGGAGUUUUACUGACCCGCCCGAAACAACUGUUGCGUGCGAAACUAUGAUUAAGCCAGCUCUUGAAGGCCUCGAGGUCAGAAGAAACGCCGAAAAACACCAGGGAGCUCGGUCUACCCUGUGGCCCCCAAACAACAUGGGAUUCAUCCAUGCCUCGCUGGCAGAAGGACUCGAGAUUCGUGGUGUGCUAUCUGGUCGGCAGUGGGAGUUAUACCCACACAUGGCUGGGCACUCCCAGAAUAUACCCAGUCAAAAAUAUUCGAACCAUUAUAUCUAUGAGACGGACAUGGCCGAUGAUACUGCGGCGCAAGCGGCUAAAAUAUCUUGGAUGGAAGAACGUGGACAGUUUGUUGUCCUUGCUGUUCAAUGUCGGAUUACUCGAAGACAAAACAUGCGUCCCAAUCAUCACCGGAACGGAAGCCGAGCACAGUGGAUUAGCGGUGCCAUCGACUUGGAAAGGGCAUAA